AUGGCUCCACCACUGAAGACUGGCAAGCGCAAUUACUCUUAUUCUUUUGUGAAUCCUAAUCUGAAGUCUGUUGAGUGUUUGGCAAAGAAGAUCACACCGGAUGAGUCAACCAAUUUCCGAGAAAAAUAUGGGUACAUUCUGAGCCUCCUCAAGAUGCCAUUCACCAAGGAUGAGCAAGAGGGAGUUCACACUUUGCUUCAGUUCUAUCAUCCUUCCCUCCGUUGUUUCGCAUUCACUGAUUAUCUUUUGGCUCCUACCUUGGAAGAGUAUUCGUCAUUCCUUGGCAUUCCUGUUGGGAAAGAGGUACCUUAUUAUAGCGCCAUGAAGGCCCCUGAUUCCAUUGAAAUUGCUAAGGCUCUUUAUUUGAGCAAGUCAGUCGUGGAGGCAAGUCUCACCAAGAAAGGAGGUUGUCAUGGUUUUCGUAUGGAAUUCCUGGUUAAAAGAGGUUGUGAUGCUGCUGAAGCCAAAGAAUGGGACACUUUUAGAGCUAUUCUGGCUCUAAGUAUCUAUGGUAUUGUGAUGUUCGCAAAUGUACCUGACUUUGUUGAUAUGAAUGCCAUCCACAUAUUCAUUCUGCAGAACCCCAUUCCUACGCUUCUGGGGGAUGUUUAUCAUUUCGUUCAUCAUCGUAAUGAGCAGAAAGGAGGUUUGGUUAGAUUCUGUGCUCCGCUGCUAUACCGUUGGUUCAGAUCACAUUUGCCGGAACGUGGAGCUUUUGUUGAUAGUAGGUACACAUCCAGAUGGGCUGAUAGAAUUAUGGGGCUUAGAGCUAAGGACAUUGUCUGGUACAACCGAUCCUUGGACCAUAUGGAAGUUGUUAUGAGUUGUGGGAAGUUCAAGAAUGUGCCUCUCAUGGGCAUCAGAGGUGGGAUCAACUAUAAUCCUAUCCUGGCUAGAAGAACAUAUGGAUACGCUUUCAUUAGUCCUCCUGAACAAGCAGAGAUUGCUGAGAAUAUUUACUAUCAUUCAGCCACCAAUGUUGGGCAAAUGGCAGAAGCUGCGCAAGCCUGGAAGAGUAUUUGCUGGAGAGAUAAGAAGCAUUUUGGUCAAAGAGACUGUGCGACUUAUAAAGACUAUACUGAGUGGGUUGAAGUUGUGGCCAACACCCAAGGGAUGCCCUUCCCUCCAAAAGAUCCUUUGUAUCCUCCUGCUGAGCUUGAAGAAUUGUAUGCUAGAGGAAGUACUUCUCAGAAAAGGUCAAGGGUGACCAUAGACUCUAAAUCUGCUAAAUCUCAAGAGAGGGAGAUCAAAGAGCAUUAUGAGGAUCAGUUGGCGGAAUUGACAAAGAGGCUCCAAAUCCAAACUGAUAUAGCCAAAUCAGAGAAAGCCCGUCGAAAGAAAGCAGACAAGCUCCUUAUGGAACGUCAAGCAAGGAUUGAGGGGUGUUAUGAAGAGAUUCGCAAGUUGAAGGGUCGAGUAGAGGAAAAGGGGCAAAGUGAUACUCAAGCUCAAGAGGAGGCCAGAGGUUGGGAAUUGAGAAGCCGUUACUUGGAGACCAUGCAUUUCAGAAAGGACCUAUUGAUUCAAUAA